AUGGACGGCCUCGACGACCUCGGUCUGACCGGCUUUGAUGAUCCUUCCUCUUCACCCGAAGCCUUCGGCUCGCCGGAUCCGCUCUCCUCGGACUUGCCGCAGAGCUUUCCUCCAGCCUAUAGCCCCAGCACUUCGAGGACCCCAGUUGCAUCGCCUUCAAGGGAUCGAUACGCUGGAUCGGCCUUGCCUCCGCUUCCCCUCUACGAAGAGACCUCCGACACGCACCACCUGGCGAUAUCCGAUCUCACAUCCGCUCCAUCUACCUCAUCUCAACCGGUAGCAUACAGCUGGUCAGGGCAUCAGCUGCGGCCUCAAAGGUCCACCGACUUCAACCCUCUUGCACAUGGGUUAUUCCCGGUUCCAUCUGUCCACCCACCUACGCCGAGUACACGCCCGACGUAUCCGACCGCGCUUGAGGCGUCCACCCCUCGCAAUGGUCUUUCCGGACCAUUGUCAGACGAACCUACGUCCGGUACACUUCAUCCUAUCGUAGUAGACGACCCGCACUCAAGACAUGCCUCCUUGCUGCCACAGGGCGAGCUUCCCCCUCUUGAUGUUCUGCCGUUAGAGCAUCUCCAUGCCGGGCCGAGUUUGAGCAACCUCCCCGCUCCUCAACCACAAUCUGCACCCACGACCACUUCCCGCAAGCGCAUCGUGCACAGCCCAUUUUAUCUCGCAGAAAAUGACACGAUGUGGAUGGAGGAGGUGGAUGCCGAAGAGGUGCAGGCUUUCCUUGCCUCGCCUCGCCCUACCAGCGACGUGGAUCAGCUGCCCCCUCAAGGCGGCGCAGUAUCAACAACAACUCGAUCCAUGGUUAUUCCUCCCCAGGCACUCUGGAGGAUCCUGAGCUUCAAAGCUCUUCUGAGGCAGCUUUUACGAAGACUUCCAUCCCUCACCGCAUGGAAGAAUUUCUGGUUAAGACUAUUCUUCAGGUCUUCCGCUAGGAAGUCCUCGUCAGCAUCGUCACGAAAAAUUCCAGCCAAUGGUUCUGUAGACGGCGCGUUUCCACGACCUGGCGACCCAGAUUGGGAGGCGUACGGUGCCUGUAUGCUAUACUACAUACCAAGACUUCGCCAGGAAUACGUCCUUCCUGUGCCCGACGCGCCUCCACCCAUUUAUCCUACACCUUGGCCCGUUGUCAACGUCGUUCCGAUCGUGCAUCAGCUUGCCACAAAUCAAGUUCUCUGCCCGCCAUUGCGCCACCUUCCUCGCGGAGUGUCAAAGCUGAGGUGGGACGUGCGCGGGGCAGACUUCGGGAUACCACUCGCAAACGCCGCCUUCAUGUCGCAACCGGCGACAUGGCCGCUGUGCUCGAAGCUUGUCAUCUCUUGCUGCGCCGACGAUCCUCAACCGCAAUGGCCGUGGUCGAUCACGGUUUAUAGCCCUUGGGGCGUGACACUUCACGAGGUCCUCGUCGCCAUCAAAGAGAACAUGAAGCAAGCGAUCUGGCCUCAUGAAUGGGACACUCUUCACCCUGAGCGUCGCGCGGCUAUUGAACGCCUGCACCUCGCACGGACGACGGCGCAUCCGUUGGGGCGUCCUUUGCCUGAGCCCAACGACGAGGAAGUCCUUCGUUCCGAUUACCUUUUGGGGCACACGUUCUUCCGCGGCCUUACACCGAAUCCCGACGGCGAUGGGUGGAUGAUGCACUUCGGCGGGCCCUGA